AUGCCCUUGCCAGCGCUUUAUUCUUCAGAAACCCAAGAAGAGGAGCAAUGGCAAGGUCUCCAAAAAGAAGAGGUCUCCGAGGAUGAGGCCCGUCGUGAGGCCAACACCGGGUUCCGCCAGGUCCCAAAAGAAGACGACGGGGCUGGACAAAGGCCUGCUCAAAAAGGAAAAGGAAAGGCCUACAGUCGCGGAGGAGAAAAAAGAUACAAGGCUGAUGGGGAAAUCGAAAAUGACGUCGCACCUUCAAGGGGUCAAUAUGAGUCUACAUUUCAGAAGCAAGGCCUGGCUGCCGAUCGCAAUGGGCAAUCUCCCUUCCGGUACCUUGAUGCUCAGCACGGCGUACCUCAGGAGGGUGAAUUCCACUGGAAGCUUUGUGUCAAGAGCUCACGUAGGAUUGUUGUCGUUGAGAGGAGUGGCGAGUACACUGGUCGGGACUUAGUCAAGGUUCAGGCGGCCUGGGCAAGAACACUGAUGACUAUAUUAUCCACUUUGUUGGUCUUGAGAGACUGGGACGCUGGUGUCACUCUGGCUGAACAGGGCCUCCCCGAGGUUGCCACUGAUGAAGAGCUCGAUGUCUCUGACAAUGAGGACCUAUCAGGCCUCCCUUCCUCUCAUCCUCGACCUAAGCCCCGGCCUGCAUACAAAGGAGCCAAGUCGCAGUCUGGUUUUAUCCUCUGUAAGGGCAAGAUGUACAUGAGUGAGGCUGAUGCCUUGGAAAGUAGUGAGUUGUCCUCAUCGGAUGGAGAGGAAAUGGGUAACAGUGAGGGGGACGAGGACAAAGUGAGGGGUCAGGAGAUUGGUGAAAAAAACUUGAAGGAAGAGGGUUCCCGGAAGUCAGGGCAACUUAGUGGCAAGAGGAAGAGGAGCUAUGCUGAGGAUAGUGAUAUAGAGUUUGUCGAGGGUCUGAGCACCAAGAAGGCGAAGGUGGAGGCUGAUAAUGAUGGCUCCUCCGGGAGUGGGUCAACGUCUAUGGCUGGUGCUGGUGUUAUGGACUCGGGGGCAACUACGUCUGGAGGCUCAUUUUGGGGACUGAAGCCCAACUUGCCUUCACCUGGUAAACCUCGUACUAGCCCUUGGCCGACACUCUAA